AUGUCGAGGGAACGUAAUUGUGAAACAGAUUUAUUCGAUGAAGCAAUACGGAAGGUGCAAGCAUAUUUAAAACCAAUUGGACUGCAAAUUGAUUAUCUCAGUCAUAGAACUAUCUGGAAACGCUUACGAGUUAUGUGGUUGUUCUCAAUUAAUACAUUGUGGAUAAUUACUAGUAUAUGUAGUCAGAUGGCAUGGCUGAUACACGGUAUUGUCACAGGGAAGAGUUUUAUACAACUUACAAACUUAGCUCCAUGUCUCGCUUUUUGUCUCCAAAGUAAUAUCCAAUCACUUUACUUCGUAAAACAUGGUCGUAAGGUUUGCGAUUUAGUACAAGCCAUACGUACUCUUCAAUCGAUGACCGCUGAAAACAAACUGAAAGAAGUCGAUAUUCAAUUUUUAAAAAGUCAAAUGAAAAUGUUCUACUUUGCUGUAAAUAGUCUAACAAUUAUUAUUGCUAUCGGGGUACCGGCAUUUGGAAUAAGCCCUUUAAUAACAAUUGCUGUGAAUUACUAUAGUAAGGGUGAAGUUGAACUAGUAUUGCCUUUUUUACUGCUGUAUCCGUUCGAUUCAACUGAUAUACGAUUUUGGCCGAUUGCUUACAUACAUCAAAUGUGGGCAGCGGUAUUUGCAGUACUAGGAGUUCUGGGUCCAUACUUUUUAUGUUACGCUUGCUCAGCAUUCAUAGUUUUCCAAUUUCAUGUCCUCCAAAAUGAUUUGGAAAACGUUAUACCCAUCAACGUAAAUGUUCAAUUAAUGGACGAAGACUUUAAGAAGAAUCUAUUGAAAAUAAUUGAUCGUCACAGAAAAUUGAUUGAGUGUGUGGAUCUUAUGGAAUUUAUUUAUACGGAGUCUAUUCUGCUUAAUGUCGUUAUGAGUACAUUACUUAUAUGCCUCACUGGAUUUAAUGUCAUGACUAUUAAAGACUUCACUCUAGUCGUGCCUUUUUUGGAGUUUCUUAUGAUGGGCUUUACACAAAUAUAUUUUCUGUGCUAUUAUGGCGAUAUGAUUAUGAUUUAUAGCAUGAAAGUUAGUGAUGCGGCCUACAAUUGUCAGUGGUAUAGAGCAGAGAAGUCGAUUGUAAAUUAUCUGAUGAUAAUAUCUACCAGAGCUCGGAAACCAUGUAAAAUGACUGCUCUCAGAUUUUCUGAUGUCAACUUCAAAACGUUUACUAAAAUAUUAAGUUCUUCUUGGUCAUACUUCGCUUUGCUGACAUCACUAUAUCGCGAGUAA